CCGUCCGGUCAAACAUACAGUGAUGUGCUGGACGCGUCGGGUAGUCUUGUGGUUGUGGAAUCCGUCCUCGACGGCCGACGUACUGUGACUGCGAUGCUUCCCAUCCCUGUAACCGACAUCGAUGAACUUCGACUGGAGAUUUUGUCAAUCGGCAAUGACAAGUUUGGAAGUUUGCGUGUUGGUUUUCUGGGUUGCAUGAAAGAAGUCACUACCACUACUCCUACAGUAACCACAACUAAAGAAAUGUGCGACGGCCUUAUGGUGUGGACUGAAUGUGCUUGUGAGUUGAAUUGCCAAGCUAUGGCAUCACGGGAAGACCCGAUCUAUGAAUGUGACAACACUACCUGCCUACCCGGCUGCAGCUGCCCGGCCGGUAUGGUGGAGCAAAAUAUGAGAUGUGUCCUGCCGGAAGAAUGCCCAUGCUACUACAACGGGACGUUUUAUGCGUACGGUGACACGGUAGUAAUAAAUGAUUGCUACAUCGGUAUCUGCGAAAGAACAACUCAAAAGAUUGAUGACCCCCUGAACAUCAUCCCUAACUGCAACAUCGAAGCCUGUUCUAAUGGAACCAUGCUUCGGGAUGUCCCUGGCGAGUGUUGUUCUUGCGUGCCUGAAUGCAAAAACGGAACGGUGUUUAGUUUAUGUGCUUGCAAUCGGACUUGCGAGUAUCCCGAGUUGGUGUGCUCCGACAGUUGUACGCCAGGUUGCAGCUGUGCAGAAGAUAUGUUUUGGAACGGAACAGACUGUGUUGAACGUUGCCCCUGCCUCUUCAUAGACCGCAUGAAUGAAAAAGUCUGGAGACAGGAUAAUUGCACAAUGUGCAAAUGGACAGAUGUCGAUAACUGCUUGGUGGACUGCCACGAGUUUUGUGAGAUCAAAGAUGCCUGUGGCGAAAAUAUGGAUCUCAUCAAUGAAGACCCUGACGAUAUGAUUUGCUGCCACUGUGUUCCAAAAGAACGUUGCAAACAUGACGAGGAUCCUGUUGGUGUUUACAGAUCUGUUGGUGAAGUCUGGAUGCCAAAUAUGUGUGAGGAAUGUGAAUGUUCUCAGAGUGGCAAUGUCAUCUGUCGGGAGACUGUGUGUCAGGAACCACCAUGUCAAAUUGGAUACGAGCCAUAUAGUGUCGAAGGUGAAUGCUGUGCUCGUUGCAGACCCAUUCCUGAGCUGGUAACCUCAGUACCAUCACCAGAAACACCACCAGCUUCAAAUGAAUGCCCAGAUAUUUGCUACGUAGAUGAACCGCUGUCCUGUGAGCAACAGUUGGCUUUCACAAAUAAGUCCGACAGUGCGCCAUUUUCUGAGGAGUCUCAGUGCAAUCCAGUGUUUAGUGACUUAUUCAAUAACAAGCCCAACUGUUCCUGCAACGAGGGAUUUGUUAAAGAUGUUUCAGGAGGUCCUUUAGAAGAAUUGUUAGGAUACACGUUCAAGUCUGGGAUGUGCAUUAAAUUUGAUAUCUGCCUUGAAGUUGCUACAACAGAAAAACAAGAGUUAACAUCUGUCACAACAACUGAAUUUCCAUAUUGUCAAAAUGUAUGCCAUGUAAGCUGUGACAAAUCACAACUGGAGUAUGAAUUAUUCUACAAUUCAACUAUCUGUAAGUCGGAAUUCGCAAAGUUCUUCAAUGCUACCCAGCACUGCAAAUGCAAGGAAGGUUAUGUGAAAGAUGAAGAGGGAGAGGCUGUGGACCAACUUGGAUUCCAAUUUAAUACGUCCAUGUGCGUCGAGGUGGAGAGCUGCAAGCCAGACUGUGCACACAGUAACCACUAUUUAUAUGAAGGGGAGUCAGUAAUCCAAGAUUGUGAAAUAUGUGAAUGUGUGAAAAUCUCUGGCGUAAUUGACGAAAGCAUCACUCCUUGGAAUGUUGAAUACACUAUGGUUUGCACACUUCUUCGUGAUUGCACUUUGAAGAACAAGACACAAACAACAGGUCCCCCUGCUGGUUCAGAGGUUGAAACAACUACGAAGCCAACGCGUUCCCGUCCUCCAGGAAGUUCUCAAAUUGAAACGACCCCACAACCAAUGCGCUCUC